GUGGGUGUCCCAGUUCUUUGUAGCGGCGGCGCUUUCGACACAAUCGGCCAGCGCGGUGCCUGCAGUGGCCCACGGAAGCUUGGGCCUGGCCCGCAACGAAAAGGCGUAAAGUACGUGCUCGGGUUGGCAGCAUGGCUUGACUUUGGCGCAGUCGACUGUCAGCGAGUGUCAACACGUGCUUGACUCUUUGGCUCCGGACGCCUGUUACUCGGGAGCUGUCUCAUCACGCAACCGCCGUGAGGCGCUCGUCCGGCGGUCGCCAUGUCCAGCUCGACGUACGCCUACUACCAGGAGGAGCCGCGGACGCCCAAGCGAUACUUCAACCUGGGCGUGCUGUCCUGCUGCCUCGGGGGACUGCUGUUCAGCGCGGGCAUCAUCUUGGUUGUGCUCGGCUCGUCUCCGCAGGAGCCUGAGGCCCUCUGGAUCGCCGGCAUCGUGCUGCUGCUCGCCGGAGGCCUGCUCUUCUUCCUCGGCAUCGGCUCCGUGGGCCUCUACCUGGCCAGGGAGGACCGGCGCAAGCGCGAGGCGGCCCGGGCGCGCACGCGCAACUACACGUCCAGCCUGCGCUCCAGCGACAUGGUGCUCGUCGAGUGAAAGGACACUUCGUAGCUGUCUUUCGGAAGGCCGCGCUUCGCCACGAGUGCUCAACCAAGAGUGGUGGCCGUCUCGGAAACAGUGGUAGUCUGUAAACAUGCAGUUGCCGGCUUUUGUAAACAGGGCAAUCACUCUGUUGGAACUAUCUUGCAGCGUUGUACGGGCUCCGCUUACGAGCGUAUAAGUCCUGUUACACAAGAAAGGAUGCCUGAUUCAAGUUCGCAGAGAAACGGGACUAGCACUUUAUGAAUAACAGAGAAUCAUAACAAUAAGGACGACGGCAAAGCUGACGUGAUAUUUUUAGCUGCAUUAUAGGACUGCCCUUUGCUGGACAUGUAUUUUUUUUCUAUGACUGUGAGGAACGCUAACGGUGGUUAUGUGUGCCGUUGCACGUAUAGAGCCGAUACCCUGUCAGUAGGAUUCGAGCCAGGAAUAGACACCGAAUAGGAUACGAUUAAGGUUUUUGAAGCAGCCAAACUUCAAGUCCAAGUCUGUCUAAUUCACGUGUAAUUCUUGCCAGCAGCUCUCUAGCAAUGUGAAAAAGAAAAAAAAAACAAAAACAAAAGGGAAUAUUUUCCCUAAUGAGUCGUCAUUUUUCUCUCGUAAUCUAAAGUUCUUCGUGGCUUCCGUUCGGCAUACUUUGCAGUUUCCAAGCGGAAAAAGAAAGCAACGGCGCAUUUGUAUAAUACAUGGACAUGACUGAUUCACUGCCAUUAGGGAUCCUGCGUAGCUGAUUGUGGCGUAGACAUGUGUAUCGCAUAGCGGUUCAAUAACAUUCACGACUACUUAACACAGGUACUAAUGAGUUCUUUUAUAACAAAGCAAAGUUAAAAGGUAAAUAGAGGCAAAAUUUGAAUGUAAGCCACUGUAGGACGUGAUAUUAGCGAGAAGAAACAAGUACGACGGGAUAAGGCAAGCAUAAGCUUCACUGCAAGAGCGUCUACCACCGCGAUCUCUAUGGAACACAGUCCUUUUUUGUUUUAUUUUGAUAGUCUAAAUGUUAAGAUCACCAUGUACGUGCUAUCUGAAAUUAAUAUUUCGAAAGGAAACACGGAUAACAGUAAAGCUAGUCGCUAGAUCUUGUUAACACCGUAAAUACAACAGACAUCCUUCGCAGAGAAGACCUGCUAAAAAUCGCAUGGCUGAUUUGCUGUUGUGAUGAGGAAGAAUGCGUAAAGGGGAUGAGCACUUCUAUUAUGAUAUGCAAUCUAUCAAUCGUGCCGAGACGCAAUGCUACGACUUCCAGGCAUAAAGAUGUGUACAAAUUAUAUACUGUUCAUGCGCGACAGUUGUAAAUCUCACUGGCUUGCACUUCAAGAUGCCACAAAUGCGAGAGUGACACUUGGCAAAAACCCAAAACUCACUUUUCUCGUAUAUCUGUGCGAAACAGCGAUGGAAUUAAAGUGAACGAUUUAAUUUUGCCGUGAGAAGGCUGCACUUGUUUGUAAAGAAAAUUUUGUAAAUAGGUCCAUGCAUUACGCUUUGUGCAGUCGUACACUUGAACCGGUGAUGCGCGUUUUGAGCUUGCUUGUCAUGUCAAAUUUAUCGAAGUCCGGUCACGGGGAACAUUUAUGUGUGGUGUCGUUUUCCUAAGAAAAGACAGACAAUUGAAUAUUUGGAAGCCCUUAAGUCCAACGAUUGAGCGGAAAGAUCUCAGUGCCAUAACUUUAGAGGAGUCUCAAAGAGCAAUUUGCCAAGGCUGAUAAGCUCCAGCGACUGUCAUUUCAUGUGCGCGUGCGUGUGUCCGGGUGGAGUGCCUUGAUUGAAUCCAAACUGUCGUGCUUUCCAGAUGCGUGCGUUUCUUGUUAUUAAUAGUCUCAGAAUGCGUGUACUGUAUAGCCGCAGCUGUGAGUGUGUGUUGUGUUUGUGUUGUUUUAGUGAUCGCUACGAGCCGAAAAGGACGCUAUUAGCGGCACAACAUUCAAAUGUCGUUUGGCACUGUGUUUUCUGUUAAAGUGUCGCUUGCUUAGUUUACACGUGUUGCAAGUUGAGAGAGCAAACUUUGGUUGUCACCAAAAAAAAAAAAAAGAUCAUAGACAAUGUACGAGUGCACUUAAGCGUCAUGUCAACGCCGCUAAUAUAUAACGCAGAACUUUGGCUUGCGACUGAAGUAGAUUCCUUUUUGUAUGAUGCUAAAUAAACGUGCGUUUACUAAG